CUGAACUUCUGAGAUGUUUGGACGGUGAAUUCUCAUAGCCAUCAUCCCUGUGCUCCUCAGCACAUUUGCCCCAUGGCGCUGGUCACGAAGAGUGAGACGAGCGGCUCGACAGGUUCGAGGACCACCGCCGGCUCUGCUCAGUUGUGCCUCCACCUCGACAGCGAGGAGGAGAGCGUCAUGGGCGACGGGGCCAUUGAGGACGAGUACGAACUCGAUUGGUGCGCCAAGGCCACCGAGUACUACCUCCUCGAUCGAGAAGGUGUCUCGAACGAGACCACCUUCGAGAUCGAGGAGGAGUACGAGUUCGAACUUGUCCAGCCAAGCCGGAGCAGCCAGGAUUGGGGAUCCUGCCUGGCUGGGCUGGCGAGGUGGGUGUGUGGGGCGCGUGGGCGUUUUGGCCAGCUGGGAGGUCCAGAAUUGCUUCCAUGACUUGGUUUGAUCAGGCCCUCAAUGUUGGUCUGACGACGUUGCUUUAUAUCAAGCCGCCAGGCUUUUCACCAUCUGGGAACUGCGCAGCAUCUGGGAACCAAGCCAACGUGUCAAUUCUUUGGGCUCAGUCGGGAGAAGCUUCAGGAGGGGUCCACAUCUUCUCCACGUCAACGCAAGAGCACAGGGCCAGCUAAACUUGCGGGCUCGUGGCCCUGCUGUGCUGAGGGACCCGGCUGGGGCGCGCCCCGCGGGGCGCAGCCGCGUGAGCCGUGGGAGGUCGAGUUUGGGCUUCAUAGGUCAGUGGAGAUGAAGACUUAGC